AUGUCGGCGCACGCGGCGGGACCGCGUGACCCGGGAAGCUCCCCACCGGACCGUCGCGAAACCCGCUGGACGGGCACCGCCGACGACGUCGCGUCGCUGAGCGCGUGGCUCACCGCCAACGGCGUCGACGCCGACGCCUUCGGCGAAGACGGCGCCAAGUCCCUCGUCGACCUCGCCGUCGAGAUCGAACGCGGCGAGACGACGCUGGUGCUCGACCCGCAAACGUCCGCGCCGCGACGGGACGUCCGCGUGCUCCGUCUGCUCGUCACGGACGAGGACGCGCGCCCGGGCAUGGUGCUCAUCGAGGCGAGGCAGGAGUGGGAAUCGGGUCGCGUACGGACGAGACGGACGCCGCUGUCGGAGAAACUCUUGGGGAACGAGGACUGGCGCGUCGCGUGCGCGCGGGCGGUGAACGAGGAGCUCGGCAGCGCCAUCGACGCGCGGACGUUCUCGAUGCGAGUCGACGAAAGUUCGGUCAAGGAGACUAUGAUGGAUCGCGAUUCGCUUUCGUACCCGGGCCUGAGGUCGAGAUACGUGAUGUACACCGUCGCGUGCGACGUCAAGGGCCUGCCGGAGCCCACGGAGCAGGUGUUCGGGUCGUCAACGGGGGAGAUGGGGUUCACGUCGGUGGAGGACACGCCCGCCGGGUGGCUCAAGGCGACGUGGACGUGGAGAAGGCGGGAGGAGGUCGAGGGCGAGACGUGA